GCUGGUGGUUUGACUUUGGACCGAGGUGCAUGUCGCAGCGAGAGUGACGAGGAAUAUCUGUUCAUCUUUGGAUCUUAAAAACCGUGGAUAUUUUUGGAAAUCAUGCAGAAAUCUUGAAAUGAGAGUGUGAGAUGGUAUCACUUCCGAAAGUGAGGAUAAUUAUCACUGCCCCAUUGAUGAAUACGACCAGCACGGCUCUCAGGAAUAGCUGCUGCUGCAUUCAUAAACACUUCUUUAGGACUCACAACAACCCCUGAGCUUUGUUUUGGGGUCACUAAACAACACAUAUUCCUGUUGUGCACGAUGGCUGAAAAAGGUAAAAUGAACAUAGAGCAUCUCGGCGGAGUUGUCAGGCUCCGAGAGGAACACGAGAAGGUGGUGAAAGACUGUGAAAGUCGGAUUCAGCACUGGAAGAAGGUGUCAGGUGACUACGAAGCCCUGAAUGACCGCCUUAAAACUCUUCCAGAUCAGCUGUCUUAUGACAUCAUGGUGCCAUUUGGCCCUUUGGCCUUCAUGCCAGGGAAGUUGGUGCACACAAACGAGGUCACGGCGUUGCUCGGCGACAACUGGUUUGCCAAGUGCUCUGCCAAACAGGCUCAGAAAAUAGUUGAUCACAGGAUGAAAUAUGUGAAGCAUGAACUUGAUGAUCUGUCGAAGACGAUAAAAAACUUUGAAGCGAGAGUUGGGCUCGUGAAGGAUUUGGAAACCAUGUCGUCUAGCAAAGGGGACUAUGUUGACAUUAGAGAAGAGACCGGAAAGGAGGACGCUGCUGUCACCAAAGGAAAGCAAAGAAUAGCUCACAAACCAAAUUCUAAGCCCAAGUUGGACGCCGUGUUGGAUCUAAAAGAGGAGGAUGAGGAGAAUGAAGGAGAGACCGGAGAUCAAGGGAGCAGAAAGGGCGUCAUGACUGAGGAGGAGUUGUGGGCUAGAUUGGAUGAACUUGAGAAACUGGAGGAGCUGCAAGACGAGCAGGACAGAUUAUACGAUAACGCAGACAUGAACGGCGAGGACACAUCAUCCCUUUCCUCAGAAGAGGAGAAGGAGGGAGACGCUGUGCCUCCAGUGAACGGGCUGAGUCUGAAGCCGAGCUGGGCGUCCGUGCCUCAUAGUAAAGCGCCGCCGAGCACAGACAGGAAAGCGGAAGAAGACGACGACGAGGAAGAGGAAGGCAGCUGUUUGCCCACCAUCUAUUUCUCUCACACGACAGAACCCAAGAAGGUGAGGAUAAACACAGGUAAAAACACCAUGUUGAAGUUCAGUGAAAGGAAAGAGCAGAAGGAACACUCAAAGAGGAAAAAGAAAAACGGCCACAAUAACGGACACUCGCAUCACGAACUUCACAAGAUCACAACACCGACCGACAUUUACAGGUUGUUUGUGGACGUGAAGAACGGGGAACCCAUCCCCAGGAAGUCAAUCCUAAAAUCUCGAAGCCGAGAGAACAGCGUGUGCAGCGACACAAGCGAGAGCAGCACAGCGGACUUUGAAGAGCGCCGCAUGAUCGGACGCAGCUUCAGCCACGACGAGGCGACGCACAGCGACACCAGUGACGGCAUUACGGAAGAGGACAGUCCCACGGCGGUCCCACUGCACCCUGCCAGCCGAUUCGAGGCCUUUUCAGGUACAGUAGUAGAAAAGGACCCGAUGCCUUCAGGUGUCCCCCAUCUGACCAUCGCUCCGCCAGCUCUGCCGACCAUACUGGAGAGGAAACAGGAAGAGGUGGCGCCUGAUACGGCUCCGCCUCAGCAAGCCCCGAAGAGGGUGUCGAAGUUUAAAGCUGCCAGGUUGCAACAGAAGUGACUCUAAACCAGCAGAUAUCCAUGAAUCACAAUAACUGUUUUUUUUUUAAAGAAAGCCUUUGUCUCUUUUCCAUAACUGAUAACCUGCACAAACCAUCCUCUCCUUUCUUUCACGUGUCUUUCUCUUUAAUCCACACACACAAUCCUUGAUCAUGACUUCAGUGAGAAGAAGUAGAGUAGCAACGCCUUGUAGGUAACUUCUUUUUAAGAAGCUCCAAACACUAGUAAUGCAGUCUUUUUUGCUUAUCCACUCCCGCAGCAUAAAUAGCGCUUAAUUUGUCCAUCUUUCUGCGGGGCUUGCUUAAACCGUUUGCCGUCUGUCACAUGUUUACCUGUCUUCUUCUUCUCUGUUGAUCUGUGCUAUCGCCAGUGUAGGUGAGACUCCAGGCUACACGUAGGAUCAGUUGCCUCGUUUUGUUUCCUUUUCCAAGUAUUGAUCAUAAAACAGAGUCAGUUCUCAUUUUACCUUCUCUUGACCUGCCUAAUGAAUGUACGUAUUCCUUUGUGACGAGCUUUGUGUAAAGACAAAAAAAGAAUAUCGACGGAAACUAAAAGGAAAAUAAACGAUUUUGGCUACAA